AAUGCAGCAAUAAACGAGAAAUGCGUGCCGAUAACGAUGCAAAUGUGUCGCGAUAUACCAUACAACAUGACUCUGUUCCCAAAUAUCCUGGGACAUACCAAGGAGGAAGAUGCAUCCCUCGAAAUCCAUCAAUUUUUACCUCUUGUUAAAGUGAAAUGUAGCGAGGAUUUGAAAUUUUUCCUCUGCACAAUCUAUGCCCCGGUGUGUACAGUGCUCGGUCGCCCGAUUCCACCAUGCCGCCAUCUAUGCCUAUCGGCAAAAAAUGGAUGCGAAAAUUUGAUGAACAAAUUUGGCUUCAAAUGGCCGCCAUUGUUGGCCUGUGAACGCUUUCCGGUCAUUAGCAAAGCGAAGUACUCGUUGAAAAUCUCGAACACAACACUGGAGCAGUGCUCGUUGCCGUGUUCAGCUGAUAAUCUUGUACCGAUGUUCUUCGACACGCGCAUCAGACGAUAUCUGCGAUUCUGGACAGGUGCCUGGGCAGUGGCAUGUUGCGCUAGCUCGCUGUUCACAGUGCUGACAUUCUCAAUUGAUAUGGCUCGCUUCCCGUAUCCGGUCAGGCCUAUCUUCUACCUGGCACUGUGCUAUUUGUUCAUAUCGUUCGUCUAUAUGGUCGGAUUGGUGGCCGAAGAUAAAAUAUCCUGCUCCGCUAUAUCGGCCAGCAAUACACCGCUCGUUUCGCAGGGCAUCGAUCAUUUCCCGUGCACUAUUGUUGCGAUCACCCAUUACUACUUCAAUACGGCAAGCAGUGUGUGGUGGGUGAUCUUGUGUUUGGCAUGGUUCCUGGCAGCGAAUCUGAAAUGGGCUCAGGAAUCAAUUGAUAGCUUAUCAUCAUACUUCCAUGUGCUUGCUUGGGGUAUUCCUGCCUUCCUAGCGAUCGCCGUUCUUGUCACCAGCAGUAUCGAUGGCGAUUUGUUCACUGGAAUUUGUUCCAUCGGCAAUCUCAAGCCAUCCGCCUUACUUAAUUUUGUUUUCGUACCAAUGUUCGCUUGCAUCGCACUCGGUUUAUUGUUGCUAGGAUGUGGUAUCAUCUCGAUGCUACGAAUACGUCGGUACAUUAAAUUCAAGCACAGCGAUAUUGACCAGAAUAUCCGGAAGUUGGAGAAGUUGAUGCUACGAAUAUCGGCGUUUGCUUUUAUGUAUACGCUUCCGACAGCGGUCAGUGCCGCUUGUAUUGCUUACGAAGCGCUAAUGAUGGAAAGUUGGCUGGCCAACUGGUUGGCGAUACGAUGCGCUCGGCCAGAUCGUGCGGUUUUUGGCUUUGCGCAGCCACGUCAUACGUGUGCACCGCAGGAAGAUAUCAGGCCUCCGGACCUGGUAAUAUAUUUCUUCAAAUAUUUAAUGCAGCUUGUGGUCGGUAUAACGUGUGCUGUGUGGGUGUGUAGCAGUAAAACGUUAAACAGCUACACGCAAGCAUAUGCACGCAUUGUACACGGCCGAUCUCAGGUACCAACAAGGGUUCAUUAG